CCUUGUCAUAUUUUAGCAAUAGACAAUAAACUGAAUAAAGUGAAUUAUGUAGUAUGUUAGAAGGUUUUAAGUGCCAUGAAGAAAAGUAAAGCAGAAAAGGGGAAUAGUGAAUGCUGGGGCAUGAAGACUAUUCACAACUUUAAACAGAGUGGUUAGGAAAGGCCUUCCUUAGAAAUGACAUCUGAAAAAAUAGUCUUUGAAGGAAUUAAGAGAAAUUCAUGCACACAUCUGGAGGAAGAAAGCUGUAGGCAGAAGAAAGAAAGGGCAAAGGCCCUAAGAGUAGUAUGUUUGGAUGAGGAACAGCUAGAAAGCCAUUGCGGCUGGAUUAGAACAUGCAAAGAGAAGAAUAAUAUAAAAGGGUGUCAGAGAGGCAGUAACAGGCUAGCAGGGCAGCUCAAGUAGGCCUCUUGGGCUAUUGUGAAAGUAAGAAAUAAGAGUGGUUUGGACUGGAAUGUAACAACAGAAGCUGGUGAGAAGUGGUUAGACUCUGGAUGUGUUUUGAAAUGGAGCCAACAAAUUUGUUGAUGGCUUGAUUGUGAGGUGUGAGAAAGAAGAGUGCAGGAUGACUUCAAGGUUUUAGCCUGAGGAAAUAAAGGAUUAAUUUGCCAUAAACUGAGAUGAGGGAGGUGAUAGGUGGAGUAGAUCUGGAAUCCAGCCCCAGUAUAAGUCCUUUGCUCACUUCCUUUGACUGUAAGGCAAAAACAGAUACUUGCCAUUUAGCUCUGUAAACUCAAUUUAAUAAAAGAAAAUAGGAGUAAUGCUUGUGAUACUUUAGGCUUUGAGGAUUGAGAUUGUGACGGUGACAGAGUAUACUCUGGUCUUGUAGUCUAAGGAGUUCUGUGAUACCGUGAAAGUCACCUGAAAGCUGUAAUUUGGACCAAAAAAAGUAAUUUCUAGGACAGUUCAUAGAUCAUGGAGAUAAUGCUCAAAUAUUUGUGAAGGGGGCCUACCCCUCCACACCUGUGGGUAUUUCUCGCAAGGUGGAGACGAGAGACUGAGAAAAGAAGACAGAGAGACAGAGACAAAAUAUAGAGGAAGAAAAGUGGGCCCAGAGGACCGGCGCUCAGCAAGUGAGGACCUGCACCAGCACUGGGUUGGAAAUACCAAGUAAGGAAUUAACGUAUAUGAUGCUGGAAACUUGUAGAGGCUCAUGACUGAAAGGCCUGAAACAGAUGUAUCUUCCAAGUUCUUACCAAGAAAAUGACUGUGAGGGCAAUGAUGGGUCAAGAAGACCAGUGGAAAACUCCCUAGGAGAGAGCCAUAGAAAAUGUACACUUCAGAAGAGAGAUGUAAUCAGAGAACUCAAAAAAGGAAUAUAUAUAAUGUAUGCCCUCAGAAGGGUAAAAAGAUUUUUAUUCAUGUGCAUGAGAUUACUCAGAUAGAUGGUCAUAUAUACCAGUGCCUUGAAUGCAAGCAAAACUUCUGUGAAAACUUAGCUCUUAUUAUGUGUGAGAGAACCCAUACUGGGGAGAAACCUUAUAAAUGUGAUAUGUGUGAGAAAACCUUUGUCCAAAGCUCAGAUCUUAUUUCACACCAGAGGAUCCACAAUUACGAGAAACCUUAUAAAUGUAGCAAAUGUGAGAAGAGCUUUUGGCACCACUUAGCGCUUUCAGGACAUCAGAGAACACAUGCAGGUAAAAAAUUCUAUACAUGUGACAUUUGUGGCAAGAAUUUUGGUCAGAGUUCUGAUCUGCUUGUCCACCAGCGAAGCCAUACUGGCGAGAAACCGUAUCUAUGUAGUGAGUGUGACAAAUGCUUCAGUAGAAGUACAAACCUCAUAAGGCAUCGAAGAACUCACACAGGUGAGAAACCAUUUAAGUGUCUCGAGUGUGAAAAAGCUUUUAGUGGGAAAUCAGAUCUUAUUAGCCACCAGAGAACUCACACUGGGGAAAGGCCCUACAAAUGUAAUAAGUGUGAGAAAAGUUACCGACACCGUUCAGCCUUCAUUGUACAUAAAAGAGUUCAUACUGGGGAGAAGCCCUAUAAGUGUGGUGCCUGUGAAAAAUGCUUUGGCCAGAAAUCAGACCUUAUCGUGCACCAGAGAGUCCACACAGGUGAGAAGCCGUAUAAAUGCCUGGAAUGUAUGAGAAGUUUUACUCGGAGUGCCAACCUAAUUAGGCACCAGGCAACUCACACUCACACUUUUAAAUGCCUUGAAUAUGAAAAAAGUUUUAACUGUAGCUCAGAUCUUAUUGUACAUCAGAGAAUUCACAUGGAAGAGAAACCACAUCAGUGGUCUGCAUGUGAGAGUGGCUUCCUCCUAGGUAUGGACUUUGUUGCCCAACAGAAAAUGAGAACUCAAACAGAGGAGCUACACUACAAAUACACUGUAUGUGAUAAAAGCUUCCACCAGAGCUCAGCCCUUCUUCAACAUCAGACAGUACACAUUGGUGAAAAACCGUUUGUCUGUAAUGUGAGUGAAAAAGGUCUUGAGCUUAGCCCUCCCCAUGCAUCAGAAGCCUCACAGAUGUCUUGACCAGGCGAGAAGCUGUAAUACCAAUAUUAAAAAUUAUUUAUAUAUCAGAGAACUCAUUAAGAUGAAGACAAAUCUCAGACUUUGCUCAGAGCUCAGAAUUCAGUGGGGACCAGAGAGCCUGCAAUUGGAAGUAUGAGAAAUUCUUUGCCUGGAGAGCUGCCCUAACAGAACACCUCAUCCUCACUCCAAUGAGAAAUCUACAGAUGCCCAGAGUUUUUGAAAACUUUCGGUCUGAGCUCAAAUUUGAUCACUCACAAGAGGAUUCAUACAAGUGGGAAACCUUACAAAUGCACUGAGUGUGAGAGAGCUUUCUACUAAUGCUCAGCCCUUCUCGUUGUAAGAGAAUUCACACCGGAGAACAACUUUUUAAAUGCCUUCAGUGUCAGUCAUGCUGCAGACAGUAUGAACAUCUCACUGGACCUCAGAAAACCCACCCUGGGGAGAAGCCCCAGCAAGUGUGAAAAAAGCUUCUAACAAAACUCUGACUUACCCAUCAGAGAAGCCAUACUGGUGAAAAAUUGUAUAUUUGUCUUAAGUAUGGCAAAAGCAUUCAUUGGAGAGCCUUACUUGGGUUUGCACCAAAAAAAAAAAAAAAAAACAAAAAAAAAAAACAAAAAAAAACCAAUCUGAGGAAAGACUGCAAAUGUCUGAAUGAAGAGUGCUUGUCAAUGAUCCACUCUUGUGGUACAUCAGGGAACUCACAUAAGUGAAAAAACCCAUACUUACCUUGAGUCUGAGAAAACCUUUGGUAGAAGCUCCUGUCUUAUCAGGCUCAAAAAACCUGUUCUGCAGUGAGAGAUUUAAUUGUGGGUGAGAAUCUAUGUACAUAUAAUAUGUAUGAGAAGAACUGUUCUCAUAAUUAGUUGACUCAUAUGGUAGAGAGGACUUUACAUGAAAUCAGUAUGAAAAUAGUUUUUUAGAUACCCAGAAGCUUGUUCUGGGAGAAGCUAGGGCGGGUCAGAGUAGACCUGAUGGGUAACUCAGGUAAAGAUGCUUUUCUUUUAUCUGAACCACUUAAUGAUUGCUUUACUUUUACUUUUUAAAAAAUUCAGAAAUCCAAUAAAGGAAAGGACUGUAACCUUAUGAUAGAAGGUGUGGCAUGUGUUACUGUUGGGGGAAAGGAGUAUAUUGACUUUGCCUUGGUUGAUAUUUUUAUGCUUGUCUAGGAUGGGACUAGAGUGUUGAUAGUAACAUGGCAGCCUUUUGCUGGCAGUGAAAUGAACUAAGAAGCUAGGGAGUAGCUAUCCUAGAUCAAAACUCUCCCGAUAGUUUUCCCUUCGCAGGACCAAUCUUAUAAAGAGACAGCAUACUCAGCUUUUUACUUAGUGUCAGUUGAGGCAUACUCUCAAAAGUUUUUUCCCCUAAAAUAUCUUUCAAGUUAUUGCUGGUAUUUGGAAUUUCAAGUUUAGAAAUUCAUUUCUUUUUAACUCAAAGUGCAAAUUUCAUAUAAUGGUUAUGAUGGUUUUAGUGUCCAUAUUUUUGUGACUUCACUUAUCAUCUCUUACAGCAAUAGAUACCCACAGUCAGCUCCUAGUAAAAUGGCUACAGGAAAACUGAAAGAAAAGUUUAAGCCUGAGUAGGCAUAGAGUGAAAAACGCAUAAUGAUGCAUUAUUAAUAUAAGAGUAAGGCUUUUUUUAUUUUGAGUAUCCUGACUCCAAACCUAGUGUUCUUUUCGCUCCAUUAUCCUGCUGUUUAUAGCAAAUCAGGACCCAUAAUGAUACGUCUUUCAUUUAUUUCAGUUCUGCCAAGGAAAGAGAAAAUACCUUUUAAUCCCAGGGAAAGGAUUGCAGUCACCACAUUAUAAGGUAUAUGGCGUGGAAUGCAGAAUUCUAAAUACUAGAAGGGAAAAGUAGUUGGCAGAUUCAUCAGAGGCUUAAGGAUAAGUACUUGUUUCCAAUUUAAAAGUGUAAUUAGGAUUGUCUUUAAUGAUCUCUAGAAAUACUAUAAUUAAUCCAGAGAUCUAUCAAUGGUCACAUCUCAGUUUUUUUCUUCCCUCAGAUUCAAAGACGUGUAAUACCAAUACUUCAGAUUCCUAUAGUAUUUGGGACUUUGUAGACUAGUGAAUAGAUAUUUUGUUGCUAGUCCAAAUCCUCUGAUUUUGGUUUGAUUUGUCCUAGCAGAUCCCUGAGCUUCAGAGAGUAUUGCCAUUUGGAUUCAUGGAGUUGGCAGACUGCUACACUGCUACCUUGUGUAUGGCUCUAAGCUUUGAUCCUAAUGACUGGUUGAUGAUCAUGAUAAUAUUAGGGCCAGUGAAUAUAGCUCAUAGUGAUAAUAAGGAUUCUAGGGUAUUUUUUUUUUCUUUUAGAAAAAGAUCCUGGAAGUUUAUUUGAUCUGACAUGUUUUUGUAAUAUUUAGAAAUAGCUCUUGUACCAUGAAAAGUUGCCCAGUAUGAUAAGACACACAAGAUGUAUUUUUUUCUCUUUGGUGAAAAUCAUGCCUAUCACUAGUAUAUGUUUGACAUUUGUAGUAUACUUAAAAUAGUAUUGGGUGUGAGGCAUGGUGGUGAUGAAAAGUAGUCCUUACGGCUACUUGUUAGUCAUUAGAGAGAACAUGGAGAAGGGGUCAAAGUUGGUAUCAUUAACAGGGCAAUGACUUGACCCUUCUUUCAACUGAUCUUACUGGUAGUUGUCUCUAGUUUUUAAGUAAAUUAAUGAUGGACCAUCCCUCAAACAGAGAACUUUGGGGGUAUGAAACAAGGCUGAAGACUUUUAACCAUGGGAGAAAAAGGUGUUGGUAUUAUUCAUAUAGCAUAACCUGAGGUUGGAGAGGACCACUUGGGAGCCUGUAACCAAAACUAGAAGGUAACUUCUGGGAUGGACGGAGGUUCCCUUGAAGCAGUGCCAACCUAAAUCUACCUCAGGUAAGUAGUUAGAUUAACUUUUUCAAGAUUUCAGACCAAACAAGACAACUUGUAUUCAGUUGAUGUAUUCCUAUGCUUUAAUGUUUUUGUUUGCCCUUAAUUCGUAAAUAAACAUUUGUUCUGAAAAACUCCA